UGAGUAUAUUAGUGAAAAAUUGCUUCAUAAAUUGUGGAUAAAGUGACCAAGCCAAAUCAGAUCGUAUGGGCAUGUGAAAAGGAAAUUUGAGGCCUUUGAAAGGAAAGCUGCUUGAAUUUAUGUUUAAGGAUCUGGUUUAAGUUAACAUGGAUGAUUAGUUGUUAAAAGGAUCUGGCAGAACCUGCUCUCAUUGUUGUUAACCUUAGUAGGAAUGAUUGGUGAAAAAGGAUUCGUAAAGCCUACAUGAAAUAUGCGAGAUGAGGCUUGAUAACUAUUUUUUUUUAAAUUUGCUUUAAGACUCUUAUUUGAAGAAUUUUGAUUUAUUGUCUUUUGUUCUGUUCUUGUUUCCCUCUAAAUUCGCUCCUUUGAUGACAAAAUUAACACAUCUAAUAUAUUGUUUUGGAAUUAUUUAAACAAUUAAAGUUUCCUUAAUUUUGUAAAUGUCUUAGUAAGUAAUGGAGUCUAGAGAAUUAGUUUAUGCCAUGCUUAACUAAGGAUGGUGAUGGGUACAUUCCGAUAGCUUAGUUGCCUGACAAGGAUAUGACUUAUGAGGCUAUUGAGAUGAGUAAAAUUACAUAUAAAGAAGAACUACUGUAGAUAGUUCAAGAGUCACACUUUACUUAACAUUGUAUGGUUUUAGGGGUAGCAGACAAGCUUACAAAGAACUGGACCAGAGUAGCCAUAGAAAUUGUAAUUUUAACAAAUUAAUUGGGAGAUGGGAGGUUGAAGGAUUGGACAACUGCUUUCAAAAGCAAUGAUAAGGGAUAUUCCUGAAGAAAUGAAAAUUCAAUGUCCUUUAACUUUUGGAGGGAUCGGUAUUGGAAAAUUGGAUAAUUUGUGAUACUUAAGCUGAUGGAAAUUUCAGAAUUUUGACUAAAAUGUAGGAUGCGUUAGUUUUGUUUGGGUUUCAUAAGGUUAAGAACUAGUGGAGCCAAAGUGUGAAAUGGAAAAAAUAAAGAAAAUCUGUACCAUGUGUGGAGGCUUUAAUGCUGUGCGGCACUUGAGGGUUUUCCCUUCCAGUCAUAGAUUCUUUUGUUGAUAAACUUUUGUGCAUCCUGAUGUCACAUGGACCCAAGAGAAUGGUAUAUUUUCAUAUUUUCAUUUCUUAUAUUCCCUAUAUUUUUUAUGAUCUUGCCACAUUAGUCUGCUCAGGAACAGGUUUUUGAGGAAAAACAUGAAUAGUGUUGUGGAUGAAAUUAGGGGGAGAAAUGCAUCUAUUUUGUUAAAUGAAAUGCGACACCCCAAUAAUGGCUAUUUUUUAGGACUGUGGUUGAUGGUGUUCUUUAGCUUUGGAAUGUUGAGUGUAGUUGGAAACCUCCAACCUAGAAGAGUGCCAUGUGAAUAAUCUGUUUCGGUUGUAAACUACUAGGUUUGCUAAUGAAAGUUAGCAACCCUUGUCAUCAGGUGGUGGUUGUAAGGUUAAGUGGGCUAAGAAAUUUGCAGCAGUUUCCUUUUCCUUACUGUGCUGAAUGGCUUUAUGAGAUGGAUGAAUGAGGAUCGUGGUUUAUGGAAUUUGUAGCCUUUCUUGGUCUCUCUCUCUCUCUCUUCUCUGCAUUAAUAAUCAGGCCACAAGUGGUUUAUUAGGGGAGUGAGGUUGAGCUAGUGUUGCCACUUGCCACUUGAGGAGGGAUUGAUGAUUUGCUAACUUGAGUGCCAUGUUCUUUCCUUUUAUGAUUAAGUGUCAUUCAGCAUAAAUGAGAGGCUGAUUACUUUGUCAGUAGGGAAUGAUGAGGUGGAUCUUGUGCUUGAGGCAAGAUUUUUAAAUCCUGAAAUAUCAGUUAUCUUGAUGAGUUACCAAGACCGAGAUGAACCAGGAUGUUGCUUUACUCAACUGAUGUUGUAAGUAGGGAAGUUUAGAGGGAACCAAGAUUUUCUGAGAUCUUGGCUGAUAUUUUAGGACUGGGAGAUUGAAAUCUUUUCCGACAUGCUAAAUCUAAUGCUACCAACAAUAUCAAAAUAUUAAUUUCGAUAUUUAUCAGCUAAAAAUAAUUUGAAAAAUAAAAAAUGAUUGAAAACUAUUGAAUGAUAUGAAUAUAUCAUAUUGAACAAUAUCAUGAUUUUUAUAAUUUAUAUCAACCAACAUAAUAGGCCCAAGAUUUUCACAUAUAUUGUAUUAGCGGGUGCCCAACACCAAUACAAACCAAGAUCUUGGCGAAGAUGAAAACCUUAGCUUGAGGUUUUAAUGCUGGGCAGGAAGUGAAAAUUGGGAACAUGGUGUGCAAAUGAAGAACAAUAUAAUUUUGUCUUUGCGUUUUUGGGUUUGAUGAUUCACAACUCAGAAGGUCAGCCUUGGUGCAACAAUAUGUUUUCUCCAUCGUGACAUUGUGACCUAGGUGCUUCGAGUUCAAAGCACGGAAACAAUUUAUUGCAUGUGAGGCAAGGUUGUAUGCAUCUAGCCCUCCCUAGACCCCGUAGUAGUGGGAGCCUGUGCACUAGGUCGCACUUUUUUUUUUUUCUUUUAAGGAUUCACAACUAAGAUGUCUUGCCCAAAGCUGUCAUGUAACCUUUAAAACUUUACUAGAUAAGCAUCUACCCUGCAAGGAUACAACGAAUCAUACAUGGAGCAGCAGUUUCUCUCUAGCUAGUAGAUGCAUGCUUUUUCUAGAAGGUUGGAAGUGGUGAACCAUCAUAUACUUGGAGGAAGCCAGGAACAAGUCACAAUUCUUUUUUUUGGCCAUAGCUUAUGUUGACUAAGAAUUUCUGGGGUCCGCAUCAAUUUACUUCUGUAAUUUAUAACGCAUGGCUGCUUGUUGUAGAGAGAAACUAAAGAGUCGGUCUUCAUAUAUUCUGCACUGCCAUUCAUUUGUAUCUAGGCAGGAUCCUCUCCGACAGCAUGCUAAAAUAUUUUCGAUUUUUUCUCAGAGAGUUUCUUGUAAUCUCUGUGGCGGAACAACAAAUAGGUAGAACCUUCAAAUGAUUUAAGUAGUUACAAGUAGACAAUUAAGCAAUAUGCACUAAAUCCUAAAGGUUUGCCUGCUUCAAAGAUGCUUCAUGAAUACAUACUGGUAUCCUGAUUCUAAUGCAAGGUACCAUUCUGUUCCAUGUAGAUUAUUUGCAAUCUUUGAAUUCAUGACAUUUCAUUUGAUUAUAAUAUGGAAAUCUUCCUGCUGAUUGUUCUGGGGAUUGGCACUUGUUUAUUUUUUCUGUACAGAGUAACAGAGCACAGGUUUAAGUGGUUCCCUGCUCCUUUUGUUCAUGUUCUGUAAUUAUCUUUUUGUCUAUCAAGAGUGAAAUAGAUUUUGCAGGAGCUCCUGUCAUCACAAGUGCAAUUUAAACCACAUCGUUGAAUAAAAAUCUUGUUAGGCAUAAGCUCUCAAUCCCACUGAAUGGUCGGAAUGACAAGUGGAUGGGGAAAAAUGCUAUGCAUCAGGUGAGCGCAUACAAAUUUCACACAGGGUACCCGCUUUCCUGUAAGAUUUGCUCCUUGGUAUCUCAUCUAUUCGUUUAUGGCAUAUUGACAUUACCCUCUUAGUAGCAUUGUCAUUUACUGAUGUUGUGAGAACUGGAGAAGCACAGAAUUGUAAUGGAUAGGGGAAAAAAAGGAUCUUUUCUGUUGACAUCAGCCUUUACGGCAAGAUGGUGCACUAAAAUUUGGGUCGUCACUUAUUAGUUGAUCCUCUUCACUCAGUGGAACUAAGGAGAUGAAACAAUACCUGGGAAAUGGAAGUGGAUAUUGCUCCCAGAAAUAAAUACAUUGGCAAUUGAUUAAAGAAUAUUAGACUUGUCUACACCCUUUCUAUAUGAGCAUGAAUCCUCUGCGAUGUAUGGUUUGUACUGCUGCAGCAGAGUGUUGUACAGCGCUCGAUGGUUGCUAUCAAAAGAUGGACGGGCCACCUUGCAUGUCAUGCAAGGCUUGCCUUGUUUGAUGGCUAUGAUCGAGUGUUACACAGUAUUCAAGUCUUGUUUGAUUGCUAUCAUUGAGUGUUGUAUAGCAUUCUGCGGUGUAAGAAGUACAGUGCAGAGAAUCUUGGAUCUUUUACUACAUCCAAGAAUGUUUUACCUUUUUCUUUUUUAGAAAGUUGGUUCUUCUUUGCAUCUUGGAUUGCGAAAAGAAUGGCGACAACCUUAUAAUUCGGGUGACCAAGGGAGACAUCUAGGAUGAGUAAUCUUGUGUCAUGUUUGUAUUUCCUCUUUUUAAACAGUGAGUACUAGAAUCUAAUUGUUUAAGAUUGGAAGUUAUUGAAAAAAAUUGAAAAAGUAUAAAUAUUUUAAAAAAUUAAAUACGAACAUAUUAGCAAAUAACUAAAACUAAAAUUAAUUAUUAUUUUAUAAUAGUUAUUAGCUACUUUGUCGGUGCAUAUUACCCAAUAUUGGGGGUGAUUGCCAUCAUAUUACCCGAUAUUUUUAUUUUUUAUACUAGUAUCCUCUGUUUGCUACUUUCCAAGAUUGUCAUUCCAAAUCAUGAUUAAAGAUUAACUUUCGAUAGAAAUAUAAAAUUAUUUAUAUCAUUUUGCUAAAAAUAGUUUUAACAGCUGAUUAGUGAUAAAGAUAUUGGUCCAGAAAAAGCUAUUUAAAAGGCCAUUGAUGCAAAAUAUAAAAUUAUAGAAUUAUAUGUAACAUUCAAAACUUUGGAGAGGCAUGUCUUAUGCAUAUGCUAAAAAACUUUUUAAUUUUUACUGGCAAACAUAGAAAAAUAUAAUUGUAAAAAUUGUUCAAAAAAUCUCAGCCGAUUAUUAAUUUAGCGUGGCCCAGUCCAUCAGGACACUCGGUUUAUGUAUCGGAUUCAUACGUCCCCGACUCCGACUGUUACCGAAAAAAACGCCGAUACUGCUACAAACUUUAAUUAACGGUUUGGUUUAAAAAUGACGGUCGCGAGGGGGCUCUCCAUAAAGUCCAGGGACCAAGGAGGCUCGUCUUCUUCGUAUCUCGGUGUCUCCAAAUGUGGCGGCACGACGCCUCGCCGAGAAAUCAAGAACCCGUUCAAAGCCUUUCAGAAGUUGGUGGUAUCCUCAUCCAGAUGCGACAUUGGAAUGCAUGGGCUUGAAGAUGAGAAUCAUGUAUCUGUUCGUUCUCAGCCAAGAAAAGUGCCGUACAAUGAUUCUGGUGAUGAAUCUAUUUCUGAUGAGGAGAAUGCUGAAUUUACAAGACUUUCCUUCACCUCUGCUGCUGUCAAAGUUCAAGGAAGUUACAAUUAUAAUUUUGAAAGAAGGAACCAAGAUGAAGCAUGUGCAUGGUCUGCAGUUACAGAGCAAGUCAACGAGUUAGCUUGUUUACAUACGAAGACUCCCAGUCCCUUGAUUCCCUCUGAUGUAUAUGAAGUGAAGAAAGGUCACAAGAUUGGCAGAGGUAGAGCCAAGCCCAAAUUUUCAAUUCAUUCCCAGUCACAUGAUGAGGGGCUUCCCUGGUUUCAUGAGGUGAAUGGAAAAAAUGAAGAUUUUUUCAAGGAGAAAGAAAAUGAUGAACUGUCUGCUGAGUUAUUGUCUCAUGAGCAAAGAGGAGCUUUGCUUUCAAUAUCCGAGCUGCUGGAUAAUUUACAAGACAAGGAUGUUCAAUCUAAUGGGGCUUCAAACUUGUUGAUGAAGGAUGUUAAAACAAAGAACAGGGGGGGCCAUUUUGCUGGAAAAAGAAUGUUGCCUAACUUAGGUACAAGAACUCUUGACAAUGAAGAUCCCCUCGAGGUUAUAGGAGGUGGAGUGUCUAGUGAGGAUGAGGCAGUUGAUCGAAACAAUUUAAGUCUUGCAACUCAAAAAUCCAAAGAACCGACAAUGACAGAUUUAUUUCAGGAAGCUUUUAGUUCAUCUACAGUGGAGGGACCCUUAUUUCCCACUAGUAGGCUGGCAGGGACUGGAUAUCAUGGGAGGCUCCAACAGAUUAUGCAGAUUGAAAAAGAUAAGCAUCUGGAAUUCUUGAAGCAGCUACAGACCGGACAAAGUCCAUUAAGUGGUUCAACGUGCAUCAAUGUGCAGAUUUUGUCAAGAUCAUUGGAAGCAAAGUUGACAGUUUGCCAUUGCUUGCUUGAUGAAAACAAGAGUUCCUCAUGUGGGAAAGGCUCCCACAAAUGCACUGAUGAUAGAGGAACCCUAAGGCAAACAGUUAUUUUCAGUUCAAAGAUAUGUGACAAUGUGGAGCUUGACGUAGGAAACUUGGUUCAUAUUCACCCACCAUGGAAAGAAGUACAGGUUAUAGCUUCUCGUGGAAUCAAGUCAAAUUGUAUUCUUCACCAAACCAGCCUAAAUCUGUUGUGCUAGCAGUCUGUAAUCAUCUGUGUUGUUUAAGUAUUAUAGGGGCCACCAUCUGGAGAGCCAACCUGAUUUUCUGUGGGAAAUAUGAUGGAUACCAUGCUCGUACUUUUGGAACUUAAGGCUGGGUUUGCCCUUGACAAGGAAGCUGAAGUGUUGUUCAAGUUGUUGAACUCGCUCGCUUCUCGCUCUCUAUUAUCUAACAGGGAUUUUACAUGAAA